AGAAAGAGAAGCCAGAACUGCCAAAAUAGACAAACUCCAAAUCUUUCUAAUCUUGUGAGGACAUUUGGUCCUCAUAAAGACAGAGCCACAAGAACACACACUAACAGACACAUGCAUACUGCAAUAGCAGUGGGUAACCCUCAGUAAUCCCCGGCCUUCGCGUCUCUCCAAAGCAGCUGUGUCGCUCAUCUCGCGCUCUGUGAGUGUGCGUGCACGUGUGUGUGUGGGUGUGUGUGUGUGUGUGUGUGAUCCCAGAGGGAUUCAACAGCAGCAUAGCUGACGGUGAUGAUAGCCGACAGAUUAUUACUAGCCGUGUGCACUCAUGUACCCAUAUAUAGGCUAAAGCGACCCACUGUGUGCAUUUUCACUCCAGAUAUGGAGGGUUGCCUCAGACUACCUGGGACGGGGAAAAUUCAUUUUCAGUGAUUUGUCGGCAGAUUUGCCAAUAUUUUUUAUGCUUAAAUGUUUCUGAACAGUUAUAAAAAAUUAACUUGAUGGAUUGAAAUGAAACUGACUCCAACCGUGCUACAAUGAUAAACAACCUGACUGUGUGUGUGUGUGUGUGUGUGUGUGUGUGUGUGUGUGUGUGUGUGUGUGUGUGUGUGUGUGUGUGUGUGUGUGUGUGUAAGAGUGAGUGAAGGAAUGUGGGUGGAAUGAAAAAGUGUCAGAAUACAGUUGCACUGAUAAGUCCAAUGGGAUUGUACAGUGUGUGCAGAAAUGUUUGUGCUCAUGUUGUCCAUACAUACAUACUUCAUAAAGUAUAUGUGACCAAAUAUGUUAUUAGCCUGUGGUUAUAAGUUGCAUUUAAUAUUAAAAGUGAGACUUUGGAAGAACCCCGCUUUGAGCUAAAUGCUAACAUCAGCAUGCUAACAUGCUCUCAAUGACAAUGUUAACAUGGGGCUGUUUAGCAGGUCUAAUGUUUACCAUUUUAAACAUUUCAGUUCAGCAUCUUUGCAAAAUUCGCAUUAAAAACUAAGUACAGCUGAGGCUGAUGGGAAUGUCCUUAGUUUAGUUUGCCCUACUAAUGCUAGACAGAAAAACUACAUAAAGUAAUAAAGCACUAAAAUGAAAAGUAAAAUCUAAUAACAUAUACAGUAGUUAAGGCAUUCGCUGAACAUGUUAUGCAAGCUUUGGCUUAGCAAACAGACCAUUAGCUAAGCUUUCUGCCCAUGCUAUGGAAGCCAGUAGGUCAGCAUGCACUGAAAGCCUGUUGAGUACACUUCCAUCCAACCAGCAAAUCUCUAUAAGCGGUCAGGAAAUAGACCGUGACUUGGGAGCCUAAGGCAUUGGAAAAGUGGGAUGGUGACAGGACAAUUGUUGGUCUGAAGCCCCCGGAGUGGUCGGGGAAACCCGGGCAGGUGGAGGGAAUGAAUGAAUAACAGACUCUGCGGCUUUAUCAACUACUCCUGACGUGUCUUUGAGCAAGGCAGAACACUGACUGAACUGCCUAGUGACAAAGAGGAGUAAGUUUUUUGGUGUGUAGCCCCUUCUCAUGCAGAAAAAACAACAAACAGAAGAGCAGGUACAACACUGAGACAAAAUAGGAACAGCAGUAAGAACAAUAAGUCCAAUGUAGUACAGCUGUUAAAGCCAGACUGGUGCAAAAGUACCAACAGAAUAUUGUAUUAAUGCAAAGUUGUGCAAAAGUUUCGAAAAAUCUUGAUAAAAUAUGAAAAUCAAUUUAACAAUUUAUAGGCAAGUGGUUGGUAAUGGUGCGCAGCUCCCAGCUGCGAGUGUGUGAAUGUGUGAAAAUCACCUCCUCGAGGCUGCUGUGAGAGCUUGUUAACAAGAACGUGUUAAUAAGGGUUAAAUAAGAGUUGAAGUUGACAACAUAUCAUCUCUUUCACUCCUCUCCUUUCUUUGUCAUACGUCUUUUCUUCUAUCAAACACCUGUUUGACAGAAGAAAAGAUGAUUCUGAUAAUAAAAUAAUCCCUAUUUUUGCACGUUAAAAGCUACGACAUAAGGGUAGUAGAAUCCUGAAUGCAUCUCCUACCAGUGACACUGUAUCUGACAGUAGUGGAGCCUUUCGUAGAAACCCGAGUCAUAAUCUGUAUCAGAGAUUAAAAACUCUGCUACGGGCCUUAAUCCUUCCCGGGGCGCAUACACACACUGAUGAAGCCCGGCAGCAUAAAUCCCACUUAGGCAGCUCUGAAGCACGCUUUAAUUGAAAGCAUUCCACAUAUUUAAAAAGGUGGCUGCCGCUGUCGGUACAGUCACAAAACAGUGUGUGCAUGCGACAGGAGUUUAUCUGGGAUCAGGACAAGACAGAGUACAUACUGAGAAAUAACACAACUGUCUGCUUCUGUGCUGCAGCCAUAUUCAGUGCUGGUCUGUGAUAUGCAUGCACAGCUGGGUUGUGUGUUGUUUGUCUAAUUCAGUAUUUAAGCUGCAGCAUGAUGCAUGAUUGACAAAUUUCACACACAAAGGUCCAAAGGCAGCCUCAUUGCAGUUCUUUAUUACCCUGUGGUGUCUUUUUUGACCCUUCCGUGACCUCCCUAACCACUUUCUCUCUCGCCCGAGGUCACCCCUGCUGCACAGCUAGCAUGUGUGCUGACAGGGGAAAUGUACCAUUAAGUGUGUAGCUUCACAAGAUUGAGCUCCCCAUCAUCACCUGACUCCACAGAUUAGACGAUAGUGCAAUUGAGUGCCAGGGUUAAAUCAAGUUGUAGGCUGGUUUGGCUUGUUUGUAGCUGGGCGACGUUCGCCUGAGGCCACGGAGAUAGGGCUCGUGAGUAACACCCGCUGUAUCUUUAAAUAAAUCAGAAAAGCGCUGAGAGCUGAAUGGGAUUUAAUACACAGCAAGUACGGAACACAGCAGAAAUACAACCUGAUCAGGAGUCAGCCUGCGUGUCAACAGCGCAAAGGAUGCUUGCUUUUCAUUCUCAUCAGAUAUGCGGGGUGUCGCACCUGUCUGGAUGGAAAUAAAGGAGCCCGUCUGACACAAUGAGAAAAGUUGGACUUAUUGGAGUGCUACUGUUACCCCAGGCGCACUGGUCAUCAGGGUGUCACCCUCAUGUUAAUCUUGUGAAAGAGGAGGAGAAGUGCAUGAAAGACCUUUCACACAAAGCAACAGAAAACAACAUCAGUGUGCACUGUAAGGGAAUGUGGGAUGACCUGAACUGCUGGCCACCAGCUUCUCUCGGGGAAACUGUCUCUCAACCGUGUCCAAACCAUGAGUUUUUCAAUUCAGAAGGCAAACUGUAUCGCAACUGCACCGCCAGUGGCUGGUCGGACGCGCUCAUCCCACAUGAAGAUGCAUGUAGCUACACUUUCAAUGAGACGCUGCACUUUCUUGGAGAGUCCUCAGAUUCCCAUUUGUAUUUCUCCUACGUGAAGACCAUGUACACUGCUGGAUACACACUCUCUCUCAUCUCUCUCACCAUCGCCAUCACCAUAUUCUGUCUGUUCAGAAAGCUGCACUGUACCAGGAACCACAUUCACAUCCAGGUGUUUAUCUCCUUCAUCCUGAGAGCCAUUUUCAUCUUCAUCAGAGACUCUCUGCUGUUUAGUAAUGAAGAGCUCUACCACUGUGACUACUACCCGGUGGCAUGUAAGGUUGUGCUGAUGUUUUCCAACUACUCCAUCCUGGCAAACUACAGCUGGCUGCUGGUGGAGGGUCACUUCCUCUUCACCCUGGUCAGCCGCUCCUUCUUCUCCCUGAAGAAAUACCUCGCCUGGUACAUCGUCCUAAGCUGGGGCGUACCACUGAUUGUUAUUAUCUCCUGGGGGUGUGCCAAGUAUUUCUAUGAAGACGAAGGCUGUUGGGAAACCAGGACACAUGCAUGGAUUUGGUGGAUCCUCCGAGUGCCAGUUCUUCUAACUAUAUCCAUGAAUCUCAUCUUUUUCUUGGGCAUUUUGAGGAUACUGGUGGGCAAACUCAGGAUGUCGGAUGCACAGAGGAAUGAAUUCUGCCAGUAUAAGAGGCUGAUCAAAUCCACAUUUUUUCUGGUGGCUCUGUUCGGUCUGCAUUACAUCCUGUUUGUUUUCUUACCUGUUGAAGUCAGCAGCUCAGUGUUUAAGAUAUGGACCUUUGCAGAACUGGCUCUGUCAUCCACACAGGGUUUUGUGGUCGCUGUGCUCUACUGCUUCAUGAACGGAGAGGUGCAGCACGAAAUUCAGAGGAGGUGGAGGAGGUGGAGGCUGACUCAGCACCUCCCCAGUCGGCCCAGGCAGCAUCACGGCUCCAUCAGCCACAGCGGGUCUCCUCACACGCAGGUCUCCCUGCUGCCCUGCUCUCCAGGCAGCCAGACAACCAGCGGACCCCCGGCGGAUACUCUGGAGAUUUGAUUCGUGUCGGGAUUGACUCGUUUUCUCACUCUCCUCGUCGAUACAGAGGGGAACCUGGCUUUGUGCUGACAGCCAAUUAGUCCACAACUGCAGUGUGGAGUGUUUAAUACAGUGGUAGCAUCAAAUGCCUAUUUUUCUAAUCUGUGGAGUUUUUAUUCAAUGACAUAAUGAUGUAGAAUGUACUGUAGAGGCCCAG